AUCACGUGGCUGGUGACAUCAGCCGUGACGUCGGCAGGCCCGCGCGCAGCCGUAACCGGUGUAGAGAAGAUGGUGCUCAUCAAGGAAUAUCGUGUGGUCUUGCCAUGCUCGGUGGAAGAGUAUCAAGUCGGGCAGCUUUUCUCUGUGGCUGAGGCCAGUAAAAACGAGACGGGUGGUGGAGAGGGCAUUGAAGUGCUAAAGAACGAACCAUAUGAGAAGGAGGGCGAGAAGGGGCAAUACACACACAAAAUCUACCACUUAAAGAGUAAAGUGCCGGGCUUUGUGAGGAUGAUUGCACCAGAGGGGGCGUUAGUUUUCCACGAAAAGGCCUGGAAUGCUUAUCCAUACUGUCGCACGAUUGUGACUAACGAAUACAUGAAAGAUGACUUCAUGAUUAAAAUUGAAACAUGGCACAAACCUGACACGGGCUCUUUAGAGAAUGUACAUGAUCUGGAUCCCACCACAUGGAAGACAGUGGAGGUCGUGCAUAUCGAUAUAGCCGAUCGGUCUCAGGUCGAACCUGGAGACUAUAAACAGGAAGAGGACCCAGCAAUCUUUCACUCAGAGAAAACUGACCGGGGACCUUUAGGACCAGACUGGAAGAAAGAGCUCUUGGCUAAGACAGACACCCCUCGUAUGUGUGCGUACAAACUAGUCACCGUCAAGUUCAAGUGGUGGGGCCUUCAAACCAAAAUAGAAAACUUCAUCCACAAGCAAGAGAAGAGAAUCUUCACCAACUUCCACCGUCAGCUCUUCUGUUGGAUUGACAGCUGGGUGGAGCUCACCAUGGAGGACAUCCGCAGGAUGGAGGAGGAGACGCAGCGAGAGCUGGAGGAGAUGCGUCAAAAGGGGUCUGUACGAGGCACGAUGGCAGCCGAAGAGUAGCCGAAUCCUUUUUAGUAACACAAGGCAGGUGGAGAGACUCUCUUCGUAAAACUGGUCAGGUUCGAGGCACCAGUGCUGCUCACGAGCAAUAAGGCUAAACUUCAAGAAUCCAACCACGACGACACUUGACGAAAGACAUCACCGCAUCCAACCAAACCGGUGGUGGUGCCGUCCUCCUCCACCAGACCGCAGAAUGACACAGUGAUCAGUAGUACUGUACUCACACACCUGCCGACAGGGUGGACAUUUUCACGGUCAACCUGUUUUUAGAUUCAGCCAGGUUGAUCAAGUGACUAUUACCACGUUGUUAGAAAUAUCUGAGUAUUGCUGUAUGGUUGUGUUAUUCUAUUUCAGAAACAAAACGACUUAAUUUUGGCAGGCAUUGGACCAAUUCUUUGUGUUUUUGUUUGGUUUUAUCUGUUUGUAAUGGUUCAGAUCUUUAUUUUCUUGUCUGUGUUUAGUCUUCCCCCCCCAGAUGAAGCACUUCUUUUGGUUCUUUUAAAUUCCUAAUCACGUUUUUAAUUAGUAGAUUUUCAUUUCAUAUCAGCGUAGUCCUGCCUACCAUGUCUUGUUUUUCUAGGUUAAAUGUGUGAUGCUACAGCACGGCAUGCACAUUUGUGCAAAAACACAAGUCCACCUCGCAAAACCUUUUCCACGAGUGGCUUUUGCAUGAGCUCAGGCAUCUUAGCGGCUGUUUUUGAGAGGGUCUUCAUGUUCUCAAGACACUUUGCGUGACGUAACCCCUCAGGACUCCUCUUCUUCUCACCAAAAUCCAAGCUAAUUACCGGAGCAAAUCGCCGCCGCUGCUGCUUUUUCUUAUUUUUAGAGUUGCUUUAGGACAGGCAAAGUGCUUUUAUAUCGCUAAUCUACCUGUAAUGCUCUCAGGGUUCCCACGGUCUUGGAAAAUCCUGGAGAUAUCAGGGAAAAAUUGUGAUUUCCAGGACUGGAAAAGUCUCGGUUCGUUACAAGUAUACCUACAGAAAAUAAUUUCCAUAAGUAAAUUAUAAUAAAAUUUAAAUAAAUAGUGUCAGUCUUUUUAAAAAGCAAAAAUCGCCAUUUCAGUAAUGCAGUUGCAAUGCACGUAAACCGCGUUGACGUUUAAAAGCUGAAGUGUGAUGAUUCUUGUCAUUUUUCUCUUGCUAUUAUUUGAUCUAUAAAGUCUAAAUUGUCAUUUCUGAGGUGUAACUACUUUUCCAGGUGGAUGAAUCUCUGUUUACUGACAUGCAAGCUGUGACUCUUGUCUGGUAUCCUUGCUCAUAUUAUGCAAAUGUUACUGCGGUUGUCAUGACAACAUAUUUAAAUUCGGUGUCACACAGGCACAGUCAGUAAGAGAUUCUAGUGCACAAGUCUCAUGGUUUUAGUGUGUACUUGGAUCUUUUUUGACCAGCCCUGCAGACUUGCAUUAUUAAAUGCAUUAAUGUAACAGCAUUUUUUGCUUGGCAAAAACCUGAAAUUCCUACAAUCGACAUGCUGUGCCCAAAAGAUUUCUUUAAUAAAAUCCUAAGGUAUAAAUUAAUAUAUUUAUAUAGUGUAUUUUGCAGUCUCUGCAAAAUGAUUGAUCAGAACGUGUGGGAACCCGGAGCUCUGCACCUGAAUGUGUGCGUAGAUGCCUCAACAGACGCUUAGGACAAAGAGGAGAAUCGUAUCAGGUCAGAGUCACAGGAUGUGCAGGUGGAAUAAUUCUACUUCCGGUCUUCCUCGUCUCUGGCCGUCCUGCACCAGCUCAGAUCAUCCAGCCUAGCAAAAAGAGUCUCUGCUGUUUGCACUUGACCCGCAGUGCAGGGCUGUUUUAUCUCCUCGUUUAUUAGUAACAGGUUUUUAACGUGUACGGUUCUCUGUCCAGAGCGACAGACAGAUUGGGAUUUUUAUCAUAUAUUGUGGUCAGUGCAUUAGUUUAAAUAGUCGGGCUUUCAUGGACAGCUGACGGCCAGAGUUUGUGCAAUCACACGCAAACUAGUGCCUGAUGUCUGCGUUGAAACUGCGAUCCUAUCACACUGUGAUUGUCUAGUUAGAAUUGCACAUUUGUGAUAGUUUUCAAGCCUGAACGUGGCAUACAACACGUUUCUUCUUGGUUUGCAUGUUUUGUUUCUUAAGUCCCUCUCAUUUCAAGGUCCACGAAUGUUCACGCAAUCAUGCAACCUGUCAGGUUCGGCCUCAGCGGCACCUUUAUGGCAAUCAAGAAGACCUGUGUUCCUCUUCUCAUAGAUCCGGAUGGGAGGAAGUCAGGUUUUGAUUUUUGAUUUUUUCAUAUGUUCUCUAGAUCAUAAUUGAGGAAUCCGUGCACUGACGUCUGUUCAGACAUAUUGUCUCCAGUCUCACGGAUCGUGUGGUUUACUUUUGUACACGUACAUGGCUUUUAGGCUAGCGGGGACUGGGAUGGGCAAGGGUUUCAGAUAUAAUGAAUGAAUCAUAUUGUAAUCGAAGCAUAACUGCGCACUUGGAGAAUCUACUGUUUUUUUUUUGUUUUGUUUUUUUUUAUUGGGGAAUUACACAAUGCUGUUUUACUGUUUUUUCUGUUUGUUUGUUUGGAAAUCAGGGGAAAUAUCAGUGAAUGUACAAUGGUGUGAUUCUGUUUUUUUUCAUGCAGCUUUUGAAUUGGUUAUAAAUGUAACAAUUAACAGUAUAUCUAAUAAAUUUCGACGCCAGUCAUGCUUGGUCUUUUUUCAUUGUAGGUUUGCAUGCUUUAAUGUCUUACCUUUAGAUGCAAGUCACGGAAAACC